UGCAAAAAGUGAAAUUAAGGGUAAGGGUAACACAAAAGGUAGAUGAUAAGGGAACAAAGCUCAUACCCACCAUUCAUUCAUUCAUACAAAGUUCCAACAUUUCCACAAAACCCAUCAAAAAAACAUAACAAAUGGCAUCCAAACUAUUACUCCCUAAUCACUACUAUCUAAAACACAAACCACCAACACCCCCAUCUUCCUUGAAACACCAUCCUAUACAUGGAAUCUCAACCUUCAUUCAUCAUCACCAAACACCACCCACCAAUGCUCGGCGGGCGAGACGACAGCUACCGGUGGUGGCAGUAUCAGCAGCAAUGCAGCCAUUGGACUUAACAGAAGAGAACAUAGAGAAGGUUCUAGAAGAUUCAAGGGUAGAAUUGGCACAACUGUUUGAUACAUCAGUGGGAAUGACAGGGGUUGCUGAACUUGCAGAGGUAGAUGGACCAUUUGUGAAGAUCAGAUUAAGAGGGAAGUUCUGGCAUAUGAGAAGUACUGUAUUGGCUAGGCUUGGUAAUUACUUAAAACAGAGGAUUCCUGAGAUUUUGGAGGUUGAUAUUGAAGAUGAGAAGCAAUUGGAUGAUAGUCCUGAGAAUUUCUGAUUUUUUUUUUUCACAUUUACAAUGAUUUUUGUGCAUAUUUAUUUUAUUUAAUAAUAAGUAUUUUCUUUUUGAUUUGUAUCUGCUACAUUCAGAAUACACUUAUUACCAUAAGUCCAGGAUGAUACCGUUCUAACGGAAACAAUUACUUUCUGAUUGGUGGUUGAUGAUGGUAAUAAAAAUAAUUUAUAGUGCAAAUUUUCAUAUGUUAUUCCAAACUUAGAUCAUAAAAAAGUUAUUUUAAUUAACAACUUUUUAUUACCGCC